AUGGAAAGCUUAGCGUGCGUGCCUAUCCCUCCAGAAUUUCGUGCACCGGUAGGGGACUAUGCCUCAAAACUAGCCUCAAAGAUUGGUGUAGAAGUGCAAACUCAUUUACCAGAUCCAAGUGUUCGUAGGUGGAAGUAUGUUGAUGCCUCCGUUAAGGAGGCGAUGUUUCAACGCUUGAAUGAUCAAUUUGAUUUACAAGGAGACCCUGUUGAUAUAGAGAAGGCAAUGAACACAAAAUUUGGUCUGAGAUUGAGUAACCAUACCUAUAGGCUGCACAAACAAUUCAUGGAGCUGAAGGAGGCUAAAGGGGAGGAGUAUGCAAGAAACCACCCACCGAAGGAUGUUGAUCCUACCAAGUGGAUAGAUCUUAUUGAUAAGAAGUGGAACACUAAAGAAUUUUUGGUAGCAUUUUCAUCUUUUUUAUUAUAUCAGUGAAGAAAGAAUUUGAUUAGAAUAGGGAGAGAUUCUAAAAAAACUAGAAAGAACACAAUCAAUUUGCUGUGAAAUUCCA